AUGCUGGGAGGGAGUUCUAGCAUGAAUGCCGGCAUAUACACCCGAGGGAAUCACAAGGACUACGACAACUGGGCCGCCUUAGGGAAUCCCGGCUGGUCCUUCAGCGACCUCCUCCCGCUUUUCAUUAGGGCUGAGAACUUCCUCGUAAAAGAUAUCUCUCCUAGAGAUGCAUAUUAUCACGGGAAUGGCGGUCAUCGCGGAUAUUUCCCCGUGUCCCACGCCUACAAUUCUGAGCUCCUGCCGGCAUUCAUCCAAGCUGGGAGGAGCCUGGGUUUCCCAUAUAAUCACGACUACAACGGAGCCUCUCAGAACGGUUUCAGCAAAGUGCAAAUCGCGUCCGAGGAAGGAAUCCGGCACAGCACGGCCAAAGCGUAUCUGACGCCCGUGAGGCAUCGCAGGAACCUCCACGUCGUCCUCAACACCCGCGUCUCCAGAAUCGUGAUAGACGAGACGACGAAGACGGCGAAGGGGGUCGAGUACCUGACUGAAGGAGGUUCCACGCGCUUCGUAUCGGCGAGGAGGGAGGUGAUCCUGUCGGCUGGGGCCUUCGCGUCUCCUCAGAUCCUCAUGCUCUCCGGGAUCGGACCCAAAGCCGAAUUAAGGCGACAUGGGAUCCGCCCCAUCGUCGAUCUCCGAGUGGGCGAGAACAUGCAGAGCCACGCGGGUCCCGGCGGGCUCUCCUUCAGCAUCGAGAGGAACGCCGGCUUCGACGUCCCGCAGCUCUUCACGGCCCGCCUCGUUCCCACCACCCUCCAAUACAUCUCGAAGGGCGACGGACCGUUCUCGACCGCAUCCGGCUACGAGGGCAUCGCCUUCGUCAACACCUCCUACGAGCGCGACCCCGACUGGCCCGACAUCGAGCUCUUCUUCGGGACUCUCACGAUCGGCACCGACGGCGGGAUCUUCUACCGGCGAAGGCUCGGGCUCACGGAAGAGGUCUGGAAAUCGUACGGAGGUUUGCUACUUAAACCAGGUUUCGAGAUUUUCCCGUUCGUCAUGCGACCGAAGAGUCGGGGAAAGCUUUUGCUACGCAGUGCCAACGUCCUCGAUCACCCGAUGAUAAUUGGGAACUUUUUCAAGCACCCCGACGACGUCAGGAGAACAAUCGAAGCCAUUCGUUUGGUGCUGAAAUUGGGAGAACAACCAUCAUUCAAGAAAUUCGGAGCCAAAUUCUACAGCCGGCCCCUCCCAGGCUGCAGGCAUCUGAAACAGUUCACGGACAGAUACUGGGAAUGUCACAUGCGUCACUUCACUUAUCUGAUCUGGCACGAUGUCGGCACGUGCAAAAUGGGGCCUCCCACCGAUCCCGCGGCUGUGGUGGAUCCAACCCUAAGAGUUUACGGAGUGCGGAAAUUGAGGGUCGCAGAUGCAUCCAUCAUGCCGGUGAUCACCACGGGGCACCCGAUGGGAACCUGCAUCGUCAUCGGGGAGAAGGCCUCCGAUCUCAUCAAGUCAUUCCAUAAUCUGUGA